AUGCACAAGAAGGCCACGCUAGCUAAAGGUGCUAGCAAUAUCGGUGCAUUCUUCGUGACGUCUACUGCGGAAAAUGAUGAUCUGCCUCCUAUGGAAGGAUGUGGAAUUUUACAUCAAUGUGGGAGACUGGCCAAUGGAAACAAGGAAGCAGAUGACAUUCCUGGGGCUGUUCCAAUCAUCUCCUGGUGCGGUUCCACAGACACCCGAGACAUCAUCCUCCCCACCUAUGACAACACUCACUCCACCCUGGAGACCCUGAGUGGCAUUUCCAAUGACCUGCUGUCAGUCCAGGGCAACACAGGUCCCCCUUGGUCCAACAAAACAGAACAGGCCUUAUUCUGUGGCCGGGACAGUCGUGAAGAGCGCCUACACCUGGUCACUCUGUCCAAGAAAAACCCAGAGUUGCGAGACGCCAGAAUCACUGGCUGGUUCUUUUUCAGGGAAAGGGAGAAGGAUCUGGGCAAAGCAAAUCUUGUUGGAUUCUUUGACUUCUUCAAGGGGAAUGAUGAUGAAGCACAAAGGAUAGCUAAAGCAGGCCAGAUGAUUGUACGACAGCUGGUACAACCUAACAGAUUGUGCUGUUACUAUUACAGUGCGCUACAGAUGUACUCUGAGCGUCAGACCAACCAGCCCACACUGCAUCCAGACAUGAAGCUGGUGCCCCAGCCAUCCGACCAGAGUGCCCUUUGCAGCUGUCAGCAAGAGCCACAAAGAGAUGAUCCCAGCCUGGAGAAGGACGAACUCUGAUCAACACUGUGAAAAGAAAGGGAAGAGACACUAGCUAUUUCAAUACAGAAAGUGCCUUGGACUUCUGCUUGCUUGUUGAUGGAGAUUCUAUGCAAUGAAGAAGUACUGUGUGACCAGGACUUCUAAGUGGAUGUACCAACACUCAUAUAGACGAUCAAAUAUAAAAUGUGGUUUGAGCCAGACAGACCUUGUCACAGCUCACUUUACUGGGCCUGGAAUAUGACUGUUUUAUCGACAAGACCAUUAUGCAGAAUCAUCUGUUUUCACUGACCUGAGUGAUAUUUCAUACUGAAUUUGGUGUAAUUGUAUGAUCAUUGAUGGUCACCAUUAUUACGUUUGUAUAAAAGAUUGCUGUUGAUGUUGCGUUAACCUUUUAUUGACCAAGAUGAUCAUGUCCUUUCUUUGUUAUUCACUACCAUAACUUUUAAAAUAUAUAUUGGAUGGGUACAAUAUUAUAAAUGUGUUGUUGCCGUAUAGAUUGGUUUCUUUUUGGAUUCUUCUAAAGCCACUAUGAUUGUGCAAUUUAACGACCUAUUUUCACGGACGGUACUGUUGUGAAAAAAAUAAAAUGUUAUUGAAACAUUGA